AUGGGGGCCCAGGACACCCUCCCUGUUGCAGCAGCAUUUACAGAAACGGUCAACGCUUACUUCAAAGGAGCAGAUCCCAACAAAUGUAUCGUGAAGAUUACUGGAGAAAUGGUGUUGUCCUUCCCUGCCGGCAUCACCAGACACUUUGCCAACAACCCAUCACCAGCUGCCCUGACUUUCCGAGUGAUAAAUUUCAGCAGGUUAGAACACGUCCUGCCAAAUCCUCAACUUCUCUGCUGCGAUAAUACCCAAAGUGAUGCCAAUAGCAAGGAAUUCUGGGUAAACAUGCCAAAUUUGAUGACUCACCUAAAGAAAGUGUCUGAACAAAAACCCCAGGCUACAUAUUAUAAUGUGGACAUGCUUAAAUAUCAGGUGUCCGCCCAGGGCAUUCAGUCCACACCUCUGAACCUGGCAGUGAGCUGGCGGUGUGAGCCCACCAGCACCGACCUGCGCAUAGAUUACAAAUACAAUACGGAUGCAAUGACAACCGCAGUGGCCCUCAACAAUGUGCAGUUCCUGGUCCCCAUCGAUGGAGGAGUAACCAAGCUCCAGGCCGUGCUCCCCCCGGCAGUCUGGAAUGCUGAACAACAAAGAAUAUUGUGGAAAAUUCCUGAUAUUUCUCAGAAGUCAGAAAAUGGAGGUGUGGGUUCUUUAUUGGCAAGAUUUCAAUUAUCUGAAGGCCCAAGCAAACCUUCCCCAUUGGUUGUGCAGUUUACAAGUGAAGGAAGCACCCUUUCUGGCUGUGACAUUGAACUUGUUGGAGCAGGCUAUCGAUUCUCACUCAUCAAAAAAAGGUUUGCUGCAGGAAAAUACUUGGCAGACAACUAA